UAAAAAAAUGUAGAUGUAUAUAUUGAGCAAACGAGAUCUGUGCCGCUCCUACAUGUGGGACUUUAAGGCAAUGCUGUUGUUACACUGGUGAGUAAAAACUCAUGCUUCCUACACUUUAACUUGUCUGAAAAUAAAAUAUACGUUUUACUCAACUGCGUCACCCACUCCAGUCAGCAGAUGGCGGUCUGGGAAUUUAAGGCAACGCUGUCAGUGACGUAUAAUCUAGUGGACGGAACGCUUCUUUCAACUGCAGCAACAGUUCGUCAGCCACCUCCGUAGCUUGCUAGACAAAAAAGACGAACCAAUAAAGCUCGUUAGACGCUUUAUUGUACAUAAGCCACUGUGUUUAAAACCCACUUCUGUCGUUUAGUUAGUUAUCCGAUUUAAUUUCAUAUUUACGGUGUUGUAGUUAUUAUUCAGCGAGCGGGCUGGUUAAGUUAGCAUUAGCCUAGCUAACAUCCUCGACCAUGAGCUCACUAAGCUACUCUCCUCCUGAAGACGAUCAGGUCUGCUUGACGGAGAAAGAGGGUCUGUGGCUAAACGUUAUCGUGAAAGAGGAAGAGGAGGAUGUCACAAUACAAAAACAAGUAGAGGGUGAGGGUGUUACAGUGAAAGAAGAAGAGAAAGACGUUUCAGUGAAAGAAGAGGAAGAUGCGUUCAGAGUGAAAGAGGAGGAGGAAGAGAAAGAGGAGGAUGCAGUUUUUGGAGUGAAAGAGGAGGAGGGGAAGAUGACUGUCACAUUGAAAGAAGAGGGGGGUGAAGAGGAGGAAACUGAAUAUCUGGGCUCGGUAUCCCAAAGGCAUGUUAAGGCAUCCAAUAGUUCUAAGGAUGGACGGUUCCUGAUUAAAACCAGAGAGAGACGUGACUAUUGUGGAUCCUCUGGGGAGCCUCAACAACAUCAUGAUGCUGACGAGGCAGAGAAGAGUCUCUCCAGAUCAGAACACCUCAAGAAACACCUGCAGAGAUCCACAGGGAAGAAAUCUCACUGCUGCCCUGACUGUGGGAAGAGAUUCAACUCUUCAGUAAAACUUAAAAUACAUCAAAGAAUUCACACUGGAGUGAAACCAUAUAGCUGUAGUCAAUGUGGGAAGAGUUUUUCUACAUCUCGCUAUCUAACUAUACACCAGAGAACACACACAGGAGAGAAACCUUUUGGCUGUGAUCACUGUGGGAAGAGUUUUAUUCGGCAACAAACCCUGAAAUCACACCAGAGAAUACACACUGGAGAGAAACCUUACAGCUGUAAUCAAUGUGGGAAGAGUUUUUCUACAUCUAGCUAUGUAACUAUACACCAGAGGACACACACAGGAGAGAAACCAUAUAGCUGUAAUCAAUGUGGGAAGAGUUUUACUUGGCCAGACAGCCUGAUAGUACACCAGAGAACACACACAGGAGAUAAUCCUUGUAGCUGUGAUCAAUGUGGGAAGAGUUUUACUACAUCUAGCCAGCUGACUUUGCACCAGAGGACACACACAGGAGAGAAAUCUUGUAGCUGUGAUCAAUGUGGGAAGAGUUUUACUCGGCCAUACAACCUGAUAGUACACCAGAGAACACACACAGGAGAGAAACCUUGUAGCUGUGAUCAAUGUGGGAAGAGUUUUACUACAUCUAGCCAGCUGACUUUGCACCAGAGAACACACACAGGAGAAAAACCUUUUAGGUGUGAUCAAUGUGGGAAGAGUUUUACUCGAUCUAGCUAUCUAACUAUACACCAGAGAACACACACAGGAGAGAAUCCUUGCUGUAAUCAAUGUGGGAAGAGAUACUCUGAUAAAAGAUCUCUGACUAAACAUCAGAAAAUACAUGAAGGAGUUGUUUCAUGAUAUCAAUGAAAUGUCACAAUGUGGAAUGUUUUAACAUUGUAGUAGCAGUAUUCUAAUGAUGUUAAAACAUUCUAUAUUCUGACAUUGUAGUAACAGUAUUCUAAUGAUGACAUAUUGUAGAAUGUUUUAACAUUGUAGUAGCAGUAUUUUAAUGAUGUCACAAUAUAGAAUGUUUUAACAUUGUGGGAGCAGUAUUUUAAUGAAUGUCAGAAUGUAGAAGCCUAUAUGUUUGCCCCUUGUUAAAUUGAUAUUAGUUACUAAGGAUAUUGCAGGAGUUUCUUCUUGAAAUCAGACAUGUCGUGUGAGGACAACUUGGUUGCUGAUUGUAUCAAGGGUGGGCAGUCAAAAAGAUUAGUGUUUUGCGUUUAGCCAAUGCGUUACCAUGGCUACCACAAUUUAUUUUGACUGCAUGUUUUUCCGUAUUAGAGAUUAGUUUUGUUUGGGCUCCUUCCAAGGGGACGAGUGUUCUAGAAGCUAGUGAGUUUUAGGAACAAGAGUUCUAGAAGCGAGUGCGUUUUAGGAUUCUAUAGUAAGAAAAAGGAUUUAAAAAAUAAUACUGUUGUAUAUUAUUAUUUAGAAAUGUGUUUUUUCUUGUUUUUAAUAUUUGACAGCCAGUAGACACCAUGUUUAUGUUGUAGAAGGUGAGUCAUUGUAGUAGAUUAUGUGAAAUGGAAGUUAUUUUCUGUUGGUGGUGAGCAAACUUUUCCAAGAAAAAUAUAGGAUAUAUUUGUUGUCUUUUGUUUUGAGGUUGGACUUUAGCACGUAUAGCUCGUUAGCACGUAGGAUGCACUCGUUAGUAUGUGUUACACCUGUGCUGGCUUGUCCAUCUCGUUAGUGGGAAGGUGUUUCACCUGAGCUGGUCCAGGUUCUAUUUAAGAGUGUCUGGCCCAGUGCUCCAGUUGUCUUGAUAGAUGUGAAGAGUCUCCACCUUUUUGGUUUGCUUCCUGUCUUUUAGUUUGGUGUGGGUUUUUCUUUUGUUUGCCUCUUCUUGGGCAGAUUUAGUGGGUCUCAUGGUGGAUGUGUUUUAGGUCCCAGUUGUUGUUACUAGUCAACUUUCAGAACCCCUCCUAAAACCCCACCUGUUUAUUUGUGGUUAUUGUCAGUGACUCUUUGUUAGUUCCACCUAUUUAAGUGGCAUUUGGUUUUCUUGAUGGGGACUGUAAACAUUGAGUAAAACAUGCUUAUAUUUUGGGUUGGAUAUUGCAUCUUAAUCGAUGUCAUUUCCUUAGAAUGCUCAUUAGUCUUUCAGUUAUUGUUCUGGUAAAUAUUUGUUAAAAAAAUUAAAAAAUACAGUGAAGCCAUUGA